AUGGCCAGUAGAUGCAGCUGCCGAUAAUAGCAUAUAUGAGCAGCAGAGCAGCGACUGAGAGGAGCAGAGCGCAGCAUACAGCAGCGCAGGAGUCUUCUGACAUCAGAACAGUGUGAUUCAUUCAGGCAAGAAAGGAAGAAAGAAGCAGGAAUUUUCAGAGAUGUAAAGAGUGUCUUGGAGUAGCGCAAUCCUGAGAGGAGAAUGAAGGUGGAAGUGUGAGUUAGAGGGCUGUGGGAACUCAUCAACUCUUUCGGAGAGGACAGCAGCUGAAUCAAUCAAGGGAAAGAGGGCUGAAACUUCACUUGCACCUGCUGGUGGGACUAAAGCUUCUGGAUAUUGCACAGAAACACCACAUCCACUAGACCGUUUCCUAAGGUCCUCUUUAGUCUUCCAGAAAGCCAGUGUUUGAUCAGCUUGCUCUUUUGUCAGACAGAAAGACUAGCUGUUUUUUGGAGCACUAGAGCAUUUCUGUCAGGGUUAUUCCAAGAGACAUGAUAGAGAAUGAAAUCAAGAAUGUGACUUCCAUUCCAGAGCAUGGAGAAGUCAAGUAGCGAGGAAUCCGCCAUCCACCGCAGCCCCUCCGUGGACAGCCGCGACUCGGACUUUGCCCAAGCCUCCACCUCCGGGCGGCCGUUCGGAGGACGAGGCUUCACCGCCGGCGCGUUCUACGGGUCCACCGGCCCUCGUGCGCAAAGCGCUGCUCAGAGCGGGGCGGCUGAGGACGACAAGAGCAGCAAUAAGUACAAGGCGCCUAAAAGCAGCAAAUACGUGGUCUUUUAUCUGGAUCUAUCAUUUGUGUUCCUUCUAGAGUUCAAGAAGUGCAACAUGGCGAGAGGCUGCUUGUGCUGUCUGAAAUACAUGAUGUUCGUCUUCAACCUCAUCUUCUGGUUGUGCGGCUGUGGACUGCUGGGUGUUGGAAUCUGGCUGUCUGUGUCUCAGGGCAGCUUCGCCACCUUCUCCCCAUCAUUUCCCUCCCUCUCCGCUGCCAACAUGGUCAUUGCCAUUGGUGCCAUCGUCAUGGUGACGGGCUUCCUCGGUUGCCUGGGUGCCAUCAAGGAAAACAAGUGCCUGCUUCUGAGCUUCUUCAUUGUCUUGCUGAUUAUUUUGCUGGCUGAGCUGAUUUUGCUCAUUCUGUUCUUCGUGUACUCUGAUAAGGUCAGUGAGAACGCCAAACAGGACCUGAAAGAUGGUCUGGCCCUCUACAACACGGACAACAACAUUGGGCUGAGGAACGCCUGGAACAUCAUCCAAGCUGAGUGGAAGUGUUGUGGAGUAACGGGUUACACAGAUUGGCACGAGGCUCUGAAGGAGAAGGUGGUGCCCGACCGCUGCUGUCAAGAACAUUAUCAGGAGUGCGGCCGCAAUUCCACCAACAUGUUCUGGACACGAGGCUGCUACGAGAAGGUGGAAGAAUGGCUUGAAGAUAAUAAGCACAUUCUCGGAAUAAUUGGCAUGUGUAUCCUGGUAGUUCAGCUCCUGGGAAUGGCCUUUUCCAUGACACUGUUCCAUCAGAUCCACAGAUCGGGGAAGAAGUACGACGCCUAAUGAGGCCACCUCGCAUGGGACGAGUCCCAUUAUUAUAGGACGGACUCUGAAGGACAGCUCUCUUGUAUCUCACUAACCACUGGCCACGUUUCCCCAUUAAUCCCUGAGCUCCCUGCACAGACUUCAGCCAUCGUCCAGCUCUCUUUCUCCUCAUCCCCUCAUCUGCCAAAGAGAUCCGGGACAGAGAGGAACUCUUGCUGGCUGUCUCCCUUCAUCUCUUCUAGAACUUGUAUUUUACGCUUGAGCUAACUAACGUUUGCCGCAAGGAGAAUAUCUGCGAUGACGACGAUCUGCGCGUCUUUACUAAUCCUUAACUCUAAUGAGACUAGUAGUGCUGAGACCUUCAGAGUGGACGAAGUUGAAAAGCAUUAACAUCAUCAUUCUCGUCUACAACGUAAAUGACAACACCUCCAAUUUAGCAUGAUGCAGGUUUGUACGAGAGACGCCUUUGUCAUGUCAGCUCAAGACAUCAAUUUGUUGUUUGUUUUUAAAAGUGACUAUGCCCCAGUCCCAUAAUUGUCAAUUUCAUGCACCUAAGGAUUGGUAUUACCGGGAAUAUGGACUGCUUUGGAUGGUCAGGAUUUGUUUAUGCGAAUUGGAAGCUUGUUUUUUGUGUAUGAAGGUCUAUGAUUGGACAUUUUGAGAGGGUUUUGAAAUGUGCUGAAAGUUUAAACCUAAUUAGAAACCUGCAACCUAAUGUCAGCAUUAUACAUCAAAUAUAGUAAAUUGUUUUUUUGUUUUGUUUUUUUAAACCAUUUAGACCCUGUUUGAUUUUAAGGCACUCAGUGAUACACUGCAAAAAAAAAAAAAAAAAAAAAAAAGAAAUAAAUUAUAAGAAUUUAUUAAAAGUAUUUUUGUCUUGGUUUCUGGUUAAAAAUAAUAAUAAUAAUAAUAAUAAUAAUAAUAAUAAAACAGUUCUUAUACAUCAUUACAACAUUCUUAAUUUACUUGAGAAGCAGAAUGACAUAAGAUAUAGUUUUUUUAUUAUUAUUAUUUAUUUAUUAAUUGUAAUAUUUGUUAUUAUUAUAUAUAGAGAGAAAUCUAACACAAUUUAGUAAUGUUUAUGCUUAAAACAAGACAAACAUAUUUGGCAAUGGUGUGGGGAAGAAAAAAAACUUCAACUUAUCUCAUUGGCAAAUAUUUUUGUCUUGUUUUGUUACUAAAUUUGGUAAGAUUUCUCUGAAAAGUGCUCUUGUUUUAAAAGUAAAAAUAAGACAAACAAACAUUUUUUUUUUUUAUUGCAGUGUACUUGCAAAAACAUCCUCUUUCUCAACCACUAACAGGUCAGUAAUACUUCAGUAAUACAAUAAUGUUCCAUUUAUUAGCAUUAGUUAAUGCACAAGAACAAACAAUAAACAAUAUAUUUUUAUGGCAUUUACAGUAUUAAUCUUUGUUAAUGUUAGUUAAUAAAAAUUCAUUUGUUCACUGUUAGUUCACUGUUAGUUCAUUGUUAGUUCAUAGUGCAUUAACUAAUGUUAACUAAUACAACUUUUAAUUUUAAAACUGCAUUACUAUAUGCUGAAAUUAACAUUGAGAUUAAUAAAUGCUGUAAAAGUAUUCUUCAUUGGCGUUGCCAUGGAGACAUAGUGCGUGUGGAGGCUUCACGCCAUCCACCGUGGCAACCACGCUCAAUUCACCAUGCGCCCCGCCGAGAACAAAUCACAUUAUAGCGACCACGAGGAGGUUACCCCAUGUGACUCUACCCUCCCUAGCAACCGGGCCAAUUUGGUUGCUUAGGAGACCUGGCUGGAGUCACUCAGUAUGCCCUGGGAUUUGAACUAGCGAACUAGCUAACUCCAGGGGUGGUAGCCAGUGUAUUUUACCACUGAGCUACCCAGGCCCCCUGUUGUUAACUAAUUUUAACAAAUGGAACCUUAUUGUAAAGUGUUACCACAAUACCCACAAAAUUAUGAUUUUUAUUACCAUAGUUUUCUUUUAUCUGUAUUAUCACUACGAAUAUCAAGGUUAAAAUAUAGUUACUGUAGUAAAACCAUGGUACAUUUAUUGCGAGGGAACGCAAAACUAUUUAAAAAAAUUCCUGUCUUGUCCUCGUAGGGGCUCAAGAAGUCAAUAAAGUGAAACCAAACAAAAAGUGUAAUACAAGUACAAUUGUUACUGUAGUGUUACUAUAUAUAAUUCAUCUGAGAGAAAGAAUCUGCAGUGUUUGUGUUUCUGCACAUCUUUAUCCCCUGCGCUCUUUUCUCUCCAUCUGUCUUUUACUUUUCAAACAUCAUCCUGGAUCAGUGUCCGUUCGCUCUAUCAUUCCCGCUGAACGAGGUGAUAAUGCAUUUGUUUCACGUGCCUAAAGGUGAGUUCAAAGGAGACGCGUCUUGACGACAACAUCGAAGUGUGUGUUUAGAAGCAGAGAGUUUUUAAGGGUUUAAAAGGGAUGUGAUGAUGGCAAGAGUCGGGUCAUCUGAUGGUCUCCAAUCUAGACCGUCACAUGUCCUCUGUUAAAAGCUCUGUGUGUGUCGCAGAGAGACAUUAAUAGAGCAUUCGAGAGAGAAAAAUAAUAACACCUCUCAUCCCAUCAAGCACUGGCUGACGCGCAAUCUUUCUGUUGACUGUAUUUAAGAAAAAUUGCUUUAUAUUAAGGAACAGUCGGGACCAGAAGUGACAGCUACUUCUAAUGUUCAUCUUCUGUUGUGGAUGGGUGUAGAAACUCUUCUAUAAGAGAUGUUUGUGGGUGAAAGACUUGAUAAGACACGGCAAACUCAACUUCACCCAAAACUGAGUAUUCUGUCAUCAUUUAUUCACCCUCAAGUCGUUCCAGACAUGUAUGACACUCUUCUGUGGAACACAAGAACAAGACGAUUUUUUUUCUUCUUGUUUGCAUACAAUUAUGGCUAUCAGUCACUAUAUCUUCUUUUGUGUUCUACAUAAAGAAAUAAAAUCAUAUGGGUUUGGAACGACAUGAAGCAGAGAACAUGAGUGUGUUUACAUGCAAACCAAUAUGCUGAUAGCUAACAAAAAUCAGACAAUGCAAGAAAACCGUUUACAUGAUUUUUGAAAUCAUCUGGUUGUUCUCUGCUUCUGACUCCAAACAUAAACAGUCAUGUGCACAACACUUUUUAAGCUGGUAAGAACGCCGCUAAAAGUGUUUAUAUGCAAAGAGGAAUCGGGGUAAUGGGCAAAAAUACACUUGUGCCGAUCGUUUUUUUGCUUACACCAUUUAAAUGACCACACAUGUUGUGAGUUUAUUAGGCAUAAUAGGUGUAAGAUUGUGCAUGUGAACGCACUAAACGAUAACUGAAUUUUUAUAUUUAGAGAACUAUCCCUUUAAAUGUCAACAAAUAACCAAAAUUGGCCUUAUUUCAUUUCUUAAUACAUGUUCCUGGUCUUUUUUAUUUUACUGUCUUGUUUAUAGAAACGUAUUUCUUGCCAAUAGUUAAAGGUGCUGUAAGCAAUUUUUUUCAUGGAAAUGUAUGCAAAAACGGUCCACGGACAAUGACGCUUUAUGCCUGUCAAUCAUGUUGCGUGUUCUCAUAGUGUCGUCGUUGCAUCGAAUUAUUGCGGCUUAAUGCCAUUUUUAUGCCAUGUUGUUCAUAACAGUUGUCAUUUGGGGGCGCUAUUUUGCUGCUGUUGUUUUUGACAACCGUUUCUGCUCUUGUCAGUCUCAAUAAAACUCAUUUAGUAUCUUUGGAGUGUGGGGUUUUGGGAAAAGGGGGCGUGGCUAAUCCAACAGCCCAAUUUGGGGAAAUUCUAGAACGGCAAAAAUCGCUUACAGCACCUUUAAUGCUGUAAUUUAAUGCUGGUUAAUGGUAAUGUAUUAAAGAUGAAUGCAGUGGUUCUCAACCAUUUUGAUGCCAAGGUCCCUCAUUGUUCAAGACAAUAUUCGAAGACCCUACGCCCUUCCAAAACUAGGUGUCAAUAUAUUAAAAUAUUUAAUCACAAUAAAUUUCCUUUUAUAAAUUAUAGACCUACAUUUGAAUUAAAAUGCUAAAAAAAACACUUAGAAUUAAAGGUGCUAUAUGCUAUUUUUUUUUUUUCAUGGAAAGGCAUGCAAACAUUUGUCCGACUCCCUGAAAGAUAUUAAUAAAGUGUCAUGAGAUAUCUUACCGGUCUCUGUGACAGCUCUAGACUCUGUAAACAGCAAACAAAAAUGUGUCCGCGGUCUCUGAAGCUUUUGACCUGUCAGUCAUGUUGCGUGUUCUCAUUGUAUUGUAGUUGGAGCGAAUUAUUGCGGCUUAAUGCCAUUUUUAUGCCAUGUUGUUCAUAACAGUUGUCAGUUGAGGGCGCUAUUUAGCUGCUGUUGUUUUUAACAACCGUUUCUGCUCGUGUCAGUCUCAAUAAAGCUCAUUUGGUAUCUUUGGAGUGCUGGUUUUGGGGAAAGGGGGCGUCGCUAAUCCAACAGCUCAAUUUGACAGCUAAAAUCACUCACAGCACCUUUAAAUGUGAUUAUUUUAAUAGAACAUUUUAAGUGAUUUUGAGUCAAGUUUGCUGACUGUUUUGAAAAACUAUACAUUUGGAAAAGAAGUGUUACCGCUGGGAUGCGUCAAGAUACUUUCAAAGGUGAACUUGACCAUGUACCAAUCAAAAAGCCUCCUCAAAAGAGGGUGACGGUGGUGUUUCAAGAGGGGAACCGUCCUUCACAAUCCACCGCAGUCUCACAUGCGGGUCUGACUUCUUUCUGGUGUGAAACGUCCACGUUACAAGAUCCAACCAGCCCCUAAUGGAUCAAAUGGAUCAUAUUUGUAUUUCUUUGUUCACAUUACGGAAGUAAAAUAGGUUGAAAAUGCAGUUUCAUGUUGUCUUUAAGGGAUUUGUGGUAAUUGUGAGGCACUAGUACCAGGAGUUUCAAUCAAUGUCGCAUGUUGACCAUCACAAGCAAACAGAAACAAAGAAAGCACAUUCUGUUUAUGUCAAAUAAACUCGCUUCAGUAGGCCACAGUCAACAUUAUUACCAUCAGAAAUGGACAUUUAUUUGUGCUAUGGCAGUUUUUCUCCCAUGAACACUGGGGAGUCGAACAAUAGGCCGUAAAAUGGCAUUUGUUCAUGUUAGAUUUCCACUGCCUUUGUUCCUGUGAUUUAAAUUUUUGAAAGAGUUCUUUUAAAACCCAUCGCUCACUGCAAUUCUCCUCUUUUAAAAGGUAUAUACCCAAGUAUAUACUGUACUUUUUUACCUUUAUAUCGUUCCAAUGUUAUAGGCUAUUUCAAUCUGAAAUGUUCAGAUGUUGAAUUGAUUAUACUUUUAAAUGACACAUUAUGACGCAAAACAACCAACGCCGGUUUGACAUUUGCGUUUAUCAUGUAUGCAUUUGGCUUUUGUCUGUUUUCACCGCAUUUGUGUCAAGCCUAAUGUGCAUGUAAACAUUUUCACUACAGAUCAUCUCAUGAUGAAAUAUGUUUGACAUCUUGGCAUAUCUGUUGUUUAACAUUUUGCGCUUCUAAUUGUCAAGUAUAAGGUGCGAGAGAAUCUAAAUGACGGUUAUGUCAACACAAGGGUGGUAAUGUCGGUAAUGUUUUUUUUUACGUUGUUUUCUCUUUUGUACAAAGUUCAUUGUGGUAUUUCGUUAUACAUUGAUUUUAAGGUUGCGCAAAGCAUUAUUAGGUGCAAUUUUGCAUUAUAAACAAAAGUUGUUUUCUUUGUCCUUAAGUCAGAUCAGUUAAAUUAUGUUGGAUUUUCACAAAUGGGACAAUGUUUAUCAUACAAUACAUACAAAUCCACAUUACCAUUUUCUGUUGUUAAUGUAGUUUAUUAAUAAUGCAUUACCCAGUGUUAAGAUGGCACGGAUCAUAAUGGAAAAUUCAUAUCUCAAGAACAUCUAAUUGCUUGCACACCCGUGCCAUCUGAGUGUGUGUUUUAGGAUAUUAUUUUUUCAGCAGUUGUUGAAACUAAUUUUGUACCCAUUCGUUGUUUUUGUACCUUAUUAAUUCAAGAACUUAAUUUGUUGGUCUAAAUUACAUGUUGUUACUGAAUUCUGCUGUGUUACAAGGACAUUGUGAGGGAAGCAUUUUAUUAUCAGCGGAUCUAAAAGACCACAGCACUACUAACUGAAAUAUCUCUCCUCACAUUAAGACACUGCCACAAAAGCAUGUACUCAUUUGGCUUACUGGGGUAAAAAGGGAUGUAAAGAUUAAUUUAUCUGUAUUCUUGUACUGCCAUCAUAAGCACCACCAGUAAGCUGCAUAUACGAGCUGUUGAAGCGUUUUCUCUUGAGUGAUGUGUUUAAUGUUCAUGUCCCGGUGAGUGGCAGUUAUCAGAUAUCGUGUCCUGUGGAGAAAUUUACGACAUGUUAAACACUAUAAAUAUAUUAGGUGGUGCCCUACAUUGCAUUCUUUAAAUUCGACUAUUUUUUAAAUAAAGAAAAGUGUGUUGCCAAACCCA